AUGGCUGUCAAGACGACUCUUUUCGCGCUCUUCCUCCUCUCGCUCGCUCUGUCGUGUGCGGCCUACAGGAUGACACCCGGUUACGGUCAGGGUGGCAGAGGCGGCGGAGGCUUCAGGUGGGGCCAGGGCGGUUGGGGGCAGUUCGGCGGCCACCCAGGCUCUCGCAUCGGAGCACUGGCAGCGCGCAUGCUGGGCAACAACGUGGCUGACGCAUCAGGCACAGUCACGGGCGACGUCAACGCUACAGGCGUCGUGCUGCUCGCCGUCUACAAUUACAGCGGCGAUUACAAUAUUCGCUACGGUGCCGCCCUGAAGCUCACCGACGCGGGCCUGCCCACGUCCAUCACCAUCAACGACAACGCCACGUCAGCAGUCGUCCUGGAUUUCGGCGCCAGUGCCACGUGGACCAAUCUCACGUGGUCUGGAAACUGCUCUGCACUGAACGCCAAUGUGAGCAUUUGGGGCACCUGGCAUGCAUCAACUGGCUGUAACUCCCCUCUUCGUACCCCCUCUGUGCCUCUGCCCCUCUUUCCCCUUCUUCCUCCCUUCCACCCCCAGCACACGAAGGUGAAUUUCUUUUGCCCGACUCCCUUCUCCCCUCAUCUCCGCUCUUCUCCCACCCCCCUCGCUGCCCCACUUCUCUCCAACCCUUCCUCAGCAUACACGGACCGGCAGGACAAGAGGGAGAUGGAGAAACUGGCAGCAGCGGAGCCGGUGGGGUACCUGGCGUACACGGACUGGCAGGACAAGAGGGAGAUUGAGAAGCUGGCGGCAGCGGAGCCGGUGAAGCGGCCAACUGCAACGUCAGAGAUCCGUGCUGCCAUGAAGUCGCCGCCCAGAGCCACACCCAAGGGAUUUGGGAAGAAAUCGGAGAAGGAGAUUGCGGAGGAAAGUGAUGCUUGA